AUGUAUCGCCCGAUUACAGACGAAAUAUAUCGAGAUUUUUCCCAUAGAAUUCUUAUGAGAAACAUGAUCGAAUCUCCUACAGAAAAUUCCCAGUAUAGUGCUGAAAAACGUCCGACACUACCAGUGCGGACGGCAUGCUAUGUUGCACCGGUACGUACUAGUUCCACAUUUUUCC